CGGUCUUUCCAGGGGAACAAGGAGGGAGGGGAUAUAUUUUAAUGGCCGUCAGUAUCACUACAAAUUGCGAAAAGUCUGGAUUUGCCAAUGAGUUUAGCCAAAACUACAUGCGGAUGGGCUUAGAUCGCAUUUUAGCACUGUCUCUGGGAUAUAUGCGGGUUGGAGAUGCGUUGCUAGUGCUGUUUAUGCUCCACUGAACGGACUUUUACCAGCUUCAAUUCUGCGCGAGUGUGGGAGCAGGCCUAGCCGGCUGGCUAAACACCUAGCCGGAGUUUAAAGUGAAUAUGUAACAGAAGCAACGGAGAUGGCAUCCAGAUUCGGUAAAACCUACAAUCGCAAGGGAGGGGAAGCUAAUUCAAAAUUCGAAGAAGUCUUUUCCAAUAAGAAGUCCACACUGACCACCAAAUGGGGGGAGACCACCUACAAGGCUCAGCUGGGGACCAAAAGGCCACUGUUGAAAUCAGAUGCUCCUGAACUCUCCAAGAGGCCCAGACUAGAGGACAGUGAUAGUGAAGAAGACCCGUUUGGGUUUGACAGCGAUGAAGAGUCCAAGACUGUUACCUCUCACAAUGUGCCACAGUCUAAAGGUGAUGAAAGGGAUGGAACAAAGACAAGCUGUGUUCCGUACAGUGUGACGACUCCAUGUGGGCCUGUAAGCUCAACAACCACAUUCACAAGCCAGCAACCAUCUGCGGACUGUACAGUUACAAAUCCUCAACCUUGGCAAAGAAGCACACCAGAUAGCAAUCCAACACCUGCGUGUGUGGUCUCGUUUUCAAAAACAGUGUCAUAUGAUGAGCAGAACUCCUUAGGAACCCAGAGAGCAACAUCUUCUCUGAAUACAGAUAGCUCUGUUCUCUGUCAACAGUCCACUGAUGAACCAGGUGGUGGUAGAGAUUUUCAGACGUCAUCGUGUGAUGGAGUUCCAUCUCAAGAAAUGAAAAUGGCUGAGCUGCAGUCAACAACAGCGCCUCAUGCAGAACCAGUGGACAACAUUCCCCCUUCCCCUUUCACAUUAAGGGCAUCAAACUGCAAGACAUAUUAUCGUCCUAACCGGCCCAAUAAAAUAUCCACUGAACCUACUGAAAGUGAUGAGGUCUGCAACAAGCCCCUUGAUAUGGUUCAUACUCAAGAUAAACCCAACAGUGUCCCUUCAGCUGGUGCAGGUAGUGCUGCUGCCGUUGUUGCUGCUGCCAAGGUUAAUACAACAGCGAAGCCUGCAGGCAGAGGUGGUGGGAGGGUACGAGACUACACCGUUUUGCAUCCUUCCUGUCUCUCCGUGUGCAAUGUUACCAUCCAGGACUCUAUAGAGCGUAGUAGCAUAGAAGAGCUGGUUGUCCCAGCAGCCCCUGCAGACCUUGGAGAAGCAGGGCAGAUGAAGAAAAAGUCUGACGUUCUGCCAUCCAGACCUGCCCGGUAUAGACCCACCAAAUCCAAGAAAGAGACCAAGUUAGAAUUUUUUGGCUUUGAGGACAAAGAGGAACAUGAUGGCGAGGACUGUUCAGAGGGCAGCAGGGCAGGUAGCAGUAGCUACAAGAUCAAAUACUUUGGUUUUGAUGACCUGAGCGAGAGUGACAGCGAUGACGAGAGCUCCCAGGCUAAAGAGAAGAAGGCGAAGAAGGCGGCUGCAGCCUUGGCUGCUUUGAGCUCCAGUGUGGACAGUCCUCAUACCAGUGACUCUCAGGACAGCCAGGCCAGCAGUAAUACAGAUGCUUUUGACUUUUCCGAUGACUCCAGUCCUGGAGGCAAUGAGGUGCAAAGGGGACGCUCAGGGAAACCAAGUGACAAAUCCAGGGACAUUCUUGGGGGGACCAAAAAGAUCUUCAGUGGGCCCAAAAAGUCUCCUGCUAAGGCUAUGUACAAUGCUCGACACUGGAAUCAGUCUGAGCCAGAAGAGACACCUCCACCACCCCUGUCUCGUGCUCAAACUGCUCCGGCCAUUUUAACAAGCAGCAAUAAGGACAGCAACUCCCAUAAAGAUGAUAGUCUGUUCAAAGCUCCUCCACCUCCGCCAAAAGUCAUUAAGUCAGAGACCAUACCCACACGACCCAACCAGGAUAUUGUUACAGCACUGAAAUGCCGAAAGGAGGAUAAGGAGCUGUACACAGUGGUGCAGCAUGUGAAACACUUCAAUGACGUGGUGGAGUUUGGCGAAAAUCAAGAGUUCACAGAUGACUUUGAGUACCUGGAGACGGGACUGAAAAGCAGUCAACCACUCAACACAAGAUGCCUUAGUAUCAUCAGCCUGGCCUCGCGUUGUGCCAUGCCGAGUUUCAGGAUGCACUUGCGUGCUAGAGGGAAGGUGGCACAGGUUUUUAAAAUUCUCAGUGAUGCUCCACAGCACCCAAACCUUGCUCUGUGCACGGCUGCCCUGAUGUACAUUUUGAGUCGGGAUCGUCUAAAUAUGGACCUGGACCGGGCCUGUUUGGAACUAAUGAUCAAAUUGCUUGAACUGGACCAGGACUACUCAGCCCAUCAGGACCAGCUUACAGCAAAGGAAGUCGACAAGGUCAAAGAAAAGAUCCGGAAGCUUUGUGAGACCGUUCACAACAGGCACCUUGACUUGGAAAACAUCACGACGGGCCACCUGGCGAUGGAAACGUUGCUGUCUCUGACUUCAAAGAGAGCUGGCGAUUGGUUCAAAGAAGAACUGCGGCUACUGGGAGGCCUGGACCAUAUUGUAGACAAAGUUAAAGAGUGUGCACAAAAUCUGGACCAAGAGGAUGAUAAGGAGAACCUUGUUGCUUCGUUAUGGGGAGCGGAGAGGUGUCUGAGAGUGCUUGAAAGUGUGACAGUCCAGAACCCAGAGAACCAGUGUUACUUGAUUGCCUACAAAGACUCUCAACUCAUCGUCUCAUCUGCUAGAGCUCUGCGUUACUGUGAGGAUAUGAUCCAGCGCUAUAGCAGAGCCUUGAACAACAGCUCCCUGUCAUGUGGUACAACACUGCCCCACUGUAGCUCCAGCAAUGUGGGCAAGGCUGUGGAGGACUGCAUGAGGGCUGUUAUAGGAGUACUGCUCAACCUUACCCAUGACAAUGAGUGGGGAAGCACAAAGACUGGUGAGCAGGACGAGCUAAUAAUAACUGCUCUGAAUUGUGUCCUUCGAGUCCCACGGUACAUCCCCCAGGAGCAGCGCUUUGACGUGCGAGUACUGGGCCUGGGUUUGCUGAUUAACCUUGUGGAGUACAGCGCCAGGAACCGUCACUGCCUGGUGGAGUUGGAGUACAAUGUUGAAGACACCUGCCUGGAGGACAGCUUGCUGCAGCCUGCUGACCCGACACAAUUGGAGACGGCGACAGAGUCAGCAUCACCAAGCACAGCCGAUACUCAGGGAGAUGAGGCCAAUAAGCCAAAGCCCUCUGGUGCUUUGUCUGCCCUGGUGAAGCUCUUUCUGGAGCGAGAGCGCGCUGCCAUCCUGGCUGAGGCUAAGACUGACGACCUCAUCAGUGAGGCGCCAAAGCCAGCACUGGACCAGAGCGGAGAGUGGCAGGAGACGUCAGGAGAGAUCCAGUGGGUGGCAGCUGAAACCGACAGCCAGCUGGAAAAGAAAGAGAGUGAAAAGAAAGAGGAGGAGGAAGAUGAGUUGGACCUAAAUAAAGCUCUGCAGCAUGCAGGCAAACACAUGGAGGACAGCAUUGUGGCCUCUUACACCGCCCUGUUACUGGGCUGCCUCUGUCAGGGCAGCCAGACAAAUGUGACUACUGUGAGAGAGCACCUACCUGAAGGUGAUUUCUCCAUCAUGACUGAAAUGCUGAAGAAGUUCUUGAGUUUCAUGAACCUCACUUGUGCAAUGGGCACCACAGGACAGAAGUCCAUCUCACGGGUCAUCGACUACCUGGAGCACUGCUAACACACCGCCAGGCUGCUAGCUCGCGUUCUCACUGCACAACAGAUUGGAGGAGUCUCCGCAGCGCUCCCUUGAUUUUGCCCGAUGCUGUAACGACUGAGAAAUGGUAGCAAUUACAUGUGAUUAAAAACAAACAAACACGCAUGCAGAAAAAAUCUAAUGUCCUUUCUGGAGCACAGCCUGAACCAAAGCCCUGCUAGUUACCAGACAUGCAGAUUCUUUCAGUUCCACUUACAGUAGGAUGUUCUAGCUAUAACCUCAGGUAACUGGAAACCAGGCAGAGGCUACGGUUAAAAAACAAACACCUAUGAUUCAGAGUCUUCAGUGGAAUGUCAGUUAAAGAUGGGCUCAUUGGGUGUCAGCGAAAGGCGGUCCGCCCACCAUGGGGUUGAGAUUUCUGCUACCAACAGGAGUUAGCUGGAGCGUGCACCUCUGAAUCAAGUCUUAUGGAUCAUUACAUUUUAAUCAUCACUUAGCCAAGGGUCAAUCCAUUGAUUAACAUGGAAAAGUCAUUUUCACGGGUGUCACAAUCGAUGUCUCUUUAAUCCAGUGAGGGAUUGUUUGAAUUAAUAAACCCAUUUAUCCACACGUUUGCAUUUGACAUGAAUGUUGAGGGACAGUAUCUCUCAUUUUAUGUUCUGAUUUAUUUUGAACACUGUGUGGUUGUGCAUCAGAGAUGCUCUAAAUACAUUUUAGCCCCCCUCCCCCCCAAAAAAAAUUGUAAGGAAAAACUAAUUUGACUGAUGGCACUUGGGAAUAAAUGUUAUGCUUUCCCCCUUCGCACCCAGUUAUAAUCAAGACAUUUUAUUAGCAUAUUUAAUUUGGACUAAAUUCAACAGUUUGUAUUUAGAGUGUGAAUCUGAACUCACCUGUGUAACAGGUGGGAUGAAUCAUGCAAAAUGGAUUGUUGCGCUCUCCUUUGAGUUAGCAAUUAAGAAUUUUAAAAAAAAAUGUAUUUAUUUGAAUGAUUUUCCUCUGUAAAUGAAAAGUCUUUAUAUGAUAUAAUGUGCAACAGAUUUUUACAUCCUGUGUCAUUACAUGGUGCAACAUGUGACAGCUCAGUGGUUGGGCAUUUCUACAUGAAUGAGACAGAUUUUAAUGAAUCCCAACGUGACAUCUGGUCAAAGUAGCUGCCUCUAAUAAAAAGGCAGAAGUUGUUUCGUUAAUUGUUAAUGUUGGUGGGAAUACUUUCUGUUGGAUUCAUGGUUUGUAUGUCCAGCUGCGUGCGACCUGCUCAUGAUGUCACUGCACCGUGUCAUCUCUGCUCCUAUUAUUUAUUCUCUUGUCUUUUUUUUUCUCGUUAAUUUUAACUUGUCGAUGCACGUGUCUGACAUAGCAGUCGUGUCUUGUGCUGCUCCCAUGUACGGUCACUGAUUGAUGACAGCCAUACCUGUACAGGCAAAUUAGUUUUAUCUGGUUUGUAGAUCUGCGGUGAACAUAACUGUGUUUGCUGUUAAAUAUACUUUACAAAUUUGGGUGUGAAUGGAAUUUAAAAAAAAAAAUCAUGUAAAUAGUCCUGUAUAUAAUGGUUGACGGACAUUUAAAAUUGCUUGGACUACUUUUUUCCUGAAGCUGAAUAUUUUUAUUUUAUACAAUAUUUCUGAGGUGUCAUUUGGAAAAAUCCCAGUAAUAAGAAAAAAAAAAUGUUUGUACCCAUUUCAAGGACAAUGUCUUUGGUUAUAUGUAAAUAGCUGUAUCUCAAAAAGAAAAAAAGUUGCUACUUUGAGUACAUUC